CUACCCCAGGCGGGGAUGACGGCACCGGGAACGAAGCGUCAGAUCUUCGAGCCGGCGCUGGGCAUGGAGCACUGCGACACCAUGACCAUCGGGCUGCAGAUGGGCAGCAACAAGGGCGCGUCGCAGCAGGGCAUGACCGUCUACGGGCUCCCGCGCCAGGUCUACGACCCCAAGUACUGUGGGGGCCCCGAGCUGCUGGGCCACGAUGGCUACGACGGCCUCUACAACUCGCAGUAGCCGCCGGCCCCGCGGCCGCUUGCACCCCGACACCGCAGCGCACCCCGACACCGAGCCCCGCCGAGCUGGCGCCGGGGCCGGCCCCGGGAUCGGCACCGGGGGGGAGAAUGGUACCGGGAUUGGUUCCGGGAUCGGCACCGGGAUCAGUCCCGGGAUCGGCACCGGGCGGGA